GUUUGGCGUUGUGAGUCGAGAUGCGCGUGGCCUGCGAGAUUUGGGGGAUGGACGAUGCUGUCUCUGGCACGAUCAAUUGGAGGCAGACACAGGCGGACGACACGAACUUCGAGAUUCCACACCUCAGCAGCCAACAUGACGAAACACCACUUGAUGUGCGGCACGUGGGUGAAGCCCGGGGUCAUCAUCACCGUCUCCUUCGACACGGAGACGCUGAAGCUGGAGCUGGUCAAGAAGACGGAGAUCCCGCACGAUGAGCCCAUCAGCUGGAUGGCAUUUGACCAUCAACGGAAGAACAUCUAUGGCUCGUCCAUGAAGAGAUGGACCUCAUUCCGCGUCGAUGCUCCUGGCGAGAUUGUGCAGACAGGCAGCUACCCCAUCGGCGGACAUCCCAAAGCGAACGACGCCGACACUAAGACACGUGCCAUCUUCAAUCUCCCUGCGAAGAAGCCCCCAUAUGCGGUGUACUGCAAUCCCUUCUACGACCAUGCCGGGUUCGGCAACAUCUUCUCCGUCGACGAGUCUGGCGCCAUGAAGCAGAACAUCCAAAACUACGAGUACUGCGAGAAGACGGCGAUCCACGGCAUGGUCUUUGACCCGAGCGAGACAUACCUGUACAGCGCAGACAUGUGGGCGAACAGGAUCUGGUGCCAUAAAAAGAUCGACGAUGAAGGCCGAAUGGAGACAGUGGGAUACACAGAGGCGACUCAGCCAAAGGACCACCCCAGAUGGGUCGAGAUACACCCAAGCGGACAGUAUCUUUACGCGCUGAUGGAAGGAGGCAACCGCCUGUGCGAGUAUGUCAUCGAUCCGCAGACGAAACUGCCAGUCUACACACACAAGACAUACCCAUUGAUUCCCCCUGGCAUACCCAACCCAGACACCAUGUACCGCUCCGAUGUCGUCUUCCUCAACAAAUCCGCUUCCUACCUGUUCGCGACCUCGCGCUCCAAUUCGUUCGACCUGACAGGGUACAUCGCGGCGUUCAAAAUCGCGCCUUCUGGAGCAAUCGAGCGCCAGAUCUGUCUAAACCCAACACCAACAUCAGGUGGUCACUCGAACGCUGUGUCGCCGUGUCCGUGGAGUGAUGAAUGGCUCGCGCUUACCGAUGAUGAGAAGGGUGGCAUUGAGAUCUACAGAUGGCAGGAUGAGUUCCUGGCGAGGGUGGCCAGGUUGGAGAUUCCAGAGCCUGGGUUUGGUAUGAACGCCAUUUGGUACGAUUAGGUGGACAGGACCAACAGGCGCAAUAGACAUAGAAAAC